AGAAAGCCCAACACCAUGCGGAAGGGAGACACCCUGGAGGUAGCACCACCCACCUCAGCCUACCGCUCUGUCAUGGAGGAGUAUGGUUACGAGGUGGGCAAGGUCAUUGGCAAUGGCUCCUAUGGGACGGUUUAUGAGGCUUACUACACAAAGCAGAAGAUCAUGGUGGCUGUCAAGAUCAUCUCAAAGAAGAAGGCCUCUGAGGACUACCUUAACAAGUUCCUGCCCCGUGAGAUACAGGUAAUGAAGGUCCUGCGGCACAAGUACCUCAUCAGCUUCUAUCAGGCCAUCGAAACCACAUCCCGAGUAUACAUCAUUCUGGAGCUGGCUCAGGGUGACGUCCUUGAAUGGAUCCAGCACUAUGGGGCUUGCUCUGAGCCCCAUGCUGGCAAGUGGUUCUCCCAGAUGACCCUGGGCAUCGCCUACCUGCACAGCAAGGGCAUCGUGCACCGCCUGACCCCCAGCCUUUCUGCUGCUGGUAGGGACUUAAAGUUGGAGAACCUGUUGCUGGACAAGUGGGAGAACGUGAAGAUAUCGGACUUUGGCUUCGCCAAGAUGGUGCCUUCUAACCAGACUGUGCGUGGUAGCUCUUCUUACCGCCAUAUGAACUGCUUUACCCACCUCAGCCGGACCUACUGUGGCAGCUUUGCUUAUGCCUGCCCGGAGAUCUUGCUGGGCUUGCCCUACAACCCUUUCCUGUCUGACACCUGGAGCAUGGGCGUCAUCCUCUACACUCUAGUGGUGGCCCGGCUGCCCUUUGAUGACACCAAUCUCUUAAAGCUGCUGAAAGAGACUCAAAAGGAGGUCACUUUUCCACCUAACUACUCCAUCUCCCAGGAGUGCAAGAACCUGGUCUUCCAGACGCUAUGCCAAGCCACCAAGCGUGCCACCAUCCUGGACAUCAUCAAGGAUCCUUGGGUGCUCAAGUUCCAGCCUGAGCAACCCACCCAUGAGAUCAGGCUGCUUGAGGCCAUGUGCCAACCCCCCAGCACCACUAAUCGGCACCAGUCCUUGGAAAUCAAUACCUAAAAGUGGUUAAGGGAGGGAGUUGAGAGAGGAGCAAAGCAGGAGGGUCUGGGGCUAACGAUCUUUUCUACCAAAAAUAAAUCUAUACCUGAUUUAGUUUCA